GUGCAGAGGGCUCAUCGCCUUGGCAACCACUUCCCUGCUGGAAUACGAGUAAGCGUCCGGAGACCCGGAUCCAUCUCCUCUUCCGCUCUUUUCUAUUGUAAAUAUCAAUUCGCUUCCAUCGACCUGCAACAUUCCACGUUCGCAGCCGCACUGUGGCUGAUAGCUCUCCGUGCUCUUCGCUAGCCUUUUCUUUACUUUCAAGAGAUACCCUUAUAGCGUUGCCUCCUGGUUCUGGACCCUCUCUCUCAGCACAUACAGCUUACCACAUCAUGAGCACGGAAAAUCCUAACACAGCUGCGCUGGCGCAAAGUCUUGAGAGUAAUGGUGGAAUUGGCGCUGGGCCUCAGGUUCCAGUCACGUCAACAACACUUGAAAUUGUCGCCGGUCCGUUGAUCAACUACCGUCGACAGACAGCUGACACCACCUGGCAUGGCAGCGUUUUGCUUGUGACGAAACCUACGAGUCCUCAGCCUGUGUCGCACAUCGAGUGUGUCGACAUGGUCGGUGACGGGCCCUUCCCCGGUGGACCGCCGGUCACCAGUCCUCCAGCCGUUAAACUCUACGAAGAUCCGGAUAAGACAUUCUGGCGCUUUUCUCUAGAUAUCCCGAUACAAACAUACGAAGCAAGAUGGCAAUAUGCACUCGCCUCACCUUCCGGUGUACAGAUCACAAGAACAUUUGUGGUACCCUCCAAGUCACAGAGCAUGCGCAUCAUGUUCCACUCUUGCAAUGGCUUCAGUGUUGGAACGGAUGUGGACGCGUGGAAUGGGCCUGCGUUGUGGAAUGAUGUGUUGCGCAUGCAUGAACAGCAACCUUUUCAUGUUAUGAUCGGUGGAGGUGAUCAGAUAUACAAUGAUGGAGUUCGCGUUGACGGCCCUCUGAAGCCUUGGACAAACAUCAGCAACCCAAAAAAGAGAAGAGAUUUCUUAUUUAGUGAGGAGAUGCGUCGGCAAUGCGACGAGUACUACUUUAAGAACUACGUGCGCUGGUACGGACAGGAGCCUUUUAAGAGUGCCAAUGCCAUUAUCCCUCAGAUAAACAUUUGGGACGAUCACGAUAUCAUUGACGGCUUUGGCUCAUACACAGAUCAUUUCAUGCGCUGCCAUGUCUUUAGAGGUAUUGGCGGCGUCGCACACAAGUAUUACAUGCUCUUCCAACAUCACCUCCCCCCGCCAAAGUCCACUUUUACGAGCGAUGCUCCUGCCACAAUCCACACUGAAGGCAGCACAACUGCGCCUGACCCAGAACAGCUUAAGGAUAGUUGGGUCCUGACUGGCGAGAAAGAGGAUCCGGCAUACAUCAUAGGUGCAAAACCGGGACCCUAUGUGGAGGAACACAGCAGAAAUAUCUACUGUCAGCUUGGAGCUCGUAUAGCUUUUGCUGGUAUUGACGCCCGCACUGAGCGUACAAGACACCAAGUGAACUAUCCUGAAACGUACCAGAAAUUCUUCGAGAGACUCGACGCGGAGCUUUCAGCAAACAAAAAUAUCAAGCACUUGAUUUUGCUUCUUGGCGUGCCGAUUGCAUACCCGCGUCUUCAAUGGCUUGAAAAUAUCUUCUCGAGCCCGAUUAUGGGACCGGUUAGACUGCUCAACAAGCGGUUUGGCCUGGCUGGUGGUCUUUUUAACCAGUUUGACGGUCAAGUCGAUUUGUUGGACGAUCUCGACGACCAUUACACGGCACGUCAUCAUAAGAGCGAACGACGAGAAUUGAUUCAAAGGCUGCAGAAGUUUUCCAAAGAUCAUUCGGUGCGCGUAUCCAUUCUAGGUGGCGACGUGCAUCUCGCCGCCAUCGGCCGCUUCUAUUCAAAUCCCAAGCUCAACAUUGCCGCUGAGCAUGACUGGCGUUAUAUGCCCAACAUCAUCUCGUCCGCCAUCACAAACAAGCCACCCCCACAGGCCGUCGCUAACCUGCUGGCAAAAAGAAACAAGAUCCAUCACCUCGACCAUGACACCGAUGAGACCCUUCUCGAGAUUUUUAACCACGAUCCUGGCAUGCACCCGGAAAAAGUCGAGGAACGUAAGACCAAUGGCGACAAAGGACCGGGCAAGAAGAGCGCAGAUAGCAAUCACGCCACAAUGCCUUCGCGCAAUUAUGCCAUCAUUGCCGAAUCGCAUGAUGCGGCUCUGGUGACAUCGACCUCGGCGACGAACGGAGCUUCGAAUGGCAACACACUCUCUCUACCCGCGGUAGAUACGGCUGAUGCCAUCAGCGUACAUAGCGACAUGCCAGGCUUCAAGGGUAGAAAGCCUAACCCGCGUUUACCAAUUCAUCUCGGAGAGGAGCGCGCUGGAACUGAGCAUCCAGCCGCGAGCGGAUUGAAGAGAACCGGUUUAUGUGGACGAUAUGGGUUGGACGUCACGCUUCGGGUGGAGAUCUCAAACAAGGAUCCCGAAGGCAAAACGGAAGGCUAUGGUUUCAGCAUUCCUGCUCUGGACUGCAAAGCUUACGAGGCGCAGGGUACUAGAUGGUGAUGUAGUUCAAGAAUGUUUCGUUCCUGCCGAGAGAGUUUCUGUUAGUCGGACGAUAAGGGCUUUGUUGGAUACCCGUUUUAUGUCGGAGUCGAUGUGAAUCGUGUUUGAAAUAUGAAAUUUUCCGAGUGUAUAGUCCACAAAAUCGAAGGCCUGGUUAAUGUCUUCUCGUUAAGAAACGCACUAAAGGAUCGUAGCCACUGGCAUAUUGAGAAAACAUUUUUUUCGGGUUCCUCAUUUGUUCCUUGAGGUUGCAAUUCAUGUCUUAAAAUUAGCCCCCUAUUUACUAAGCGCAAUGUUUCUUCUAUACAACAAAGCGAACUAAGUCAGGUACAAAUUAUAAAA